AAUCAACACACUCAAACUUAACACUGCUCUCAACUCUUCAACUCCAAUUUCCUUCCCCUUCAAAUAACACAUAAACCCUAAUUUCCCUUCGAAUUUUCCCUUUACGUCUCACCCCGAUGCUACUAUAAACCCUAAUUCUUACAAUCAACGCUUCUGAAAAUGUCACUCCCCGGUAACAACGCCUCCGGCGAUCGCGUUGACGGUAACGGCACCGUACCUCCGCCGGGGUUCACGACGGCGCCGUCGAGCCAGAGGCUGCGGCUGAACCCGAACAAGGAGCACAAGCCAGAUGGGUACGAGGACCUGGAAUUGGAUUUCAGCCCUUCGAUCUUCAGCUCCCUUGAGAUGUACCUUCCUCCCAACAUGCUCGCUGUUCCUCGUGAUGACAAGGCCAAGUUCAUGCACGAGAUUUUGCUCAAGUACCUUCCUCUUGCGGAGCGUACCAGAGGUCAGAAACAAAAAGAGUACAGACACCAGAUACUAUCAAAUUAUCAACCUAAACAUGAGGAGUUGUACAUCAUGAAUCCUACUACAUUCUUCGUUCCAGCAUUUUUGAGAGCAAUUAACGAUAACACAGAGCAAAGCUUUAGAAGUAUAAUGUCUGAGCCUUCUCCAGGCAUUUUUACAUUUGAAAUAUUUCAAAAAGACUUUUGUCAGUUAUUGCUAUCUGAGCUGGAGAAUUUUGAGAAAUGGGUGACUGAAACAAAAUUUCGGAUCAUGCGUCCCAAUACAAUGAACAAAUAUGGUGCUGUACUCGAUGAUUUUGGCCUUGAGACGAUGCUUGACAGGCUUAUGGAUGGUUUUAUUCGUCCUUUAUCGAAAGUCCUCUUUGCAGAAGUUGGUGGAGCAACCCUGGAUUCUCAUCAUGGAUUUGUUGUUGAAUAUGGUAACGAUAGAGAUGUUGACUUGGGUUUCCAUGUGGAUGACUCGGAAGUAACCUUGAAUGUUUGCUUGGGUAAAGAAUUUUCUGGAGGAGAGUUGUUUUUCCGGGGCACACGAUGUGAGAAACAUGUAAAUACUGGAACUCAAUCUGAGGAGUAUUUUGAUUAUUCCCAUGUACCUGGACGUGCUGUGCUUCACCGCGGGCGUCAUCGCCAUGGUGCUAGAGCUACAACAUCUGGCCAUCGGGUCAACUUACUUCUGUGGUGUCGAAGUUCUGUCUUUAGAGAACUGAAACGGUAUCAGAGUGAUUUCCCCAGCUGGUGUGGAGAGUGCCAUCAUUUGAAAAAGGAGAGGCAGCGCUCCACAAUUGCUGCUACGAAAAAGGAAUUGUUCAGAAGGGAAGGUGGAUCGGCUUUAUAAUUUGCUUUGCACAGUAGAUGUUUGUAUGUAGAAUGAUCUAUAGCUGCAAUCAUUAGUCAAGACAAAUAACAUGUCUCCUGAUCAUGGUGUCUGUACAAGCUAUAUACUAGGUAUAGUUUCUUUUUGGAGUAAGGUUGAAUAUUUCCAAAAAAAUUGACAUGGUUAAGAGUUCUGUUUAAUAUUAACCCUAGCAGCCUAGCAAUAUAGAUUUAGACUGUAAUUAAGCUUAAGGUCUGCAAUGUUCAUGGGCUAUUGCAACAUCUAGACAUUUUUUGGGGGUGUCAAAACAUCAUCACAUCUAGACUUAAUGUGUUGUUUUAUGUUUGGUGCUUAUUGAACAGCUCAAUAUACUCUUGAAAGUUCAAA